CUCUACAAAAGGCGACAUUUAUCACUGCAUUCGUUUCCUAUUUAGAUUAGUUCGAAGGAAGAAAAGGUUUGGAGUGGGGAAGGUAUGUCCUGAUUCCCCGUCCCCACCCUGGACCUUGGACGGAACCGACAUUCGGAGGAAUAUAUGUGUCGUACCUGAGUAGGAAGAUCCGAGAGUGGGUGUUUCCGGUGAGGGUAAGGUCACUCACGAUACCAGUAGUUACCAGGGAGACGGGAUGGCGUCGGCCGGGGCUGGGCGGGUGCGCGCUCUGUAUAAACGGCUUUUGCUCGUGCACCGGCUGCUGCCUGACGAUCUGCGCGCGAUCGGUGACCGUUACGUCCGCGAGGAGUUCAGGAGGAGCAAAGGGGUCGGAGCGGAGGAGGCGAACAGGUUCCUGAAGGAGUGGGAGGCUUACGCAGAUAUACUGCAGGCACAAGCUACGGAGAGUGUGAUGCGUCCCAUGCAGAAGGCCUGCUAUGGAAUUGACCUGACAGCAAAUAAACUAAAUGACUUUAAUGAAGAACAGAUUGGACAGUUACACACACUAAUGCAAGAAGCUACAAAACCAGUUCAAUAAUGAAGAUGACCCUUAUCACAAGAAGUAAUUUAUUAAUUACCACAAUAAUGUGCAGUUAACUGGAGUUGUACUUGUUAUAUCUGCUUUCUAUGUAUUUUGUUUUCUAGAAAUAAUAGUCCAAAGAUUUGAAGUGUGAUUGUCUUGUAUUCAGCAAAAGUUUAACAGCCCGUUUGCUUUCAACAUGGUAAAUUGUGAACAGAUAGUAAUAUUCGCAAUAUUUAAUAUUUCAGAAAGAUCAAUAAAAUUAUUUUUCAAUAAUAAAUCCCUUGAAUACGGAACCAAAUCUUAUGUAAACUAUUUUUAAUGACAAUACAUGUUGAGCAAUUUGCAAUUUUGAUAAAGUAUGCAAAUCAGUUUUGAUCAAUGCUAUUAAAUCACUAAAUAAUUAAUAUUGGUUGCAAUUAUCACGAGUACUAUGUAUUAUUUGGUUUGCCAGUGUUUAAGAAAAAAAUUCAAAUUUAGUAAUUAUUUUAAGUUUUAUAAAGUAUUGCUUUUGAAAUAGAGGCCAUGCUGCCUGCACCCAUCCUUCGCUUUCCUGAUGCAGUUUUUGGGAAGCCAUAUUCUUGAACUGCUAUUUUUUUGUGUGACACAGGCAUUCCCACAUCACUGUUCAGUUCAAAACUUGUAACUCCCUAAACUAUCAGUGGUGAAGAAGCAAUUUUAUGUUUCCAAACGAGGAUGGUGUGUGACCUGGAAGAGGUGAUGGUCUCAUGUCAUAGAGCUGUACAACAUGGAAACAGACCCUUUGGUCCGACUCGUCCAUGCCGACCAGAUAUCUUAAAUACAUCUAGUCCCAUUUGCUAGCAUUUGGCCCAUCUCUCUCUAUACCUUUCCUAUUCGUGUACCCAUCCGGAUGCCUUUUAAAUGUUAUAAUUGUACUAGCUUCCACCACUGCUUCUGGCAGCUCAUUCCAUACGUGCACUACCCUCUUCUUGAAAAAGUUGCCCCUUUUAUAUCUUCCCCUCUCACCUUAAACCUAUGCCCUCUAGUUUUGAACCCUCUGCAUGCAUCUCUUCCAUGCUCAAACAUGGUGUGUACGGGGGAAUCCAUGGUGAACACCAGUUCACUGCAUGGAACGGUGUAGUGAAGCGUGGAGUAGAGAGGUUUGUAGUGAUUUCAUCAUUCAAGAACUUCUAACUAUAAACUUCCAUCCAUCAUACAUGUCUGUAUGCCACAAGCAGGAUUAUUGCCUGUUAUUCCUGGCCAGUCCAGCUCUUCCACUAAUAAAACUACCUCAUACAUUGCUUCCACCUCAGCAGCUAUGAUGAAUCUCAAGUCAAGAACUCCUCCUCUGCGCCUCCUUUCACAGAAAUUGCAGAUCUGCUUCUGUUACAUGACAAAGUGCAGAGUCAGUAAUAUGGCAAGUGACACCUAACUGUUUGUGUAUGAAUCCCCAAUACACAUUUACUGCUGACAUUCAAAUGUUGUGUCUAAGUUCACAUAAAAUCCAAAUAGCCAAACCCUUUGAAUUCAAUGACAAUGUGACACUUAAGCUGAUCAUAGAUUCACUCUUGUAGCAUAGGUGACCACUUGCUCAUAUGCAUUAAUGCUUACUACACAAGCAACUCCUGUUGAAGUUAUGAUACUGGAACUGGUCAUCAAUUGAUUUCUUAUAUUGGCUCCUAUUCAGUAUGUGAUCCAUGGUUGCUCACCUACGCCACUUCAAUUGAGGUUGUCUUAAUCUGGCAGGAGGAUCUUCUUGUGCCAUCAUCCAGAAAGAGCACCCCCUGCCUUUCCCUCACUGCCCGGAGGCAAAUGGAAGCAUUGUUAAACCACUGUGUUACUCUGUUUCGCUGGUCACCCAUCUCUAACAUCUAUGACCUUCCGAAAUAGUGAAACAGCCUGGCAGUGAUGUACAGACUCCAUUGUUGAACAGGAAGCUCUGUAAUAUACCAUGCGUAGUUGCAACAAUGUCAGUUGAUGGCAGUAUUCAUCUAAAAGCCUCCCCCUCCCAAAUAAAUUACACAUGUUUUUCAUGCACCCCACUGGCAUUAGAAUUUUAAUUAUAGUUGUUUGGAGAAAAGACAAAAGCAUAAAAAUUGAAAACAGUACUCAGUUUGGGUCACAAUAUUGGGAAUGAUAUGGUGUUAACAAAAUCUUGGCCAUUGGGAAACUUUCCUGUCAGAAAUACAUAUUUUUCUGGUGUUCAAUUUUUAAAAAUAUACUCCAUGGAACUUGUUGGAAAAAACAUGUUAUAAAAUGGUAAUAUAUUCCAGAAAAUGUUCCUUCUUGCAGUAUAGUAUCAAUCCAUACACCAAAUUUGCUGCCUAUGUUCAACUCCUUUAGCUAAAAAUAAAAAAAAUGCUCUUCUUAAAUGACUCACUAGCUGUUAUUAUCCACUCUGAUUAAAAUGUACCCUGAACAGCAGCAUUCUAUAAGCCUAUUAAAUCUGAAACAUACAAACAAUGACUUAUGCUUCUAAAUCUAGUCAUAAUAGAUCAGCCCAUGAUUUACUUUCUGCCCCUUAAAACUGAAAAUACUGACCAUAAUUUAUAAGAGUCAUAAAUCAAGAUUAUCUGUAUGAUGAUUUGUUAUAUGAAAAGUUGCAAGAAAAAGAUUUCUUAAUGAAAUGUAUUAGAAAAUGUGGUAGUGGAAGCAUAAAUAUUCUCUCUGUGACAAGUGUUAUAUUUUGACUCAGUUUCUGCACAAGAAAGGAAUCAUGCAAAAACUGAAGGCUGUUAGCUUCAACAAGUUGAAUGCAUUUUCAAAUGGACCUUUUAUAGAAGAUGAAUAGGAAAUCAAAAAAGAUCAUUAGGAUAUUUAAACACAAAAUAUUCAAAUACAACUCACUUGUUUAAAUCUACAUAGGCUUUAUAUGGACUGUAUGUUCAGUAGUAUUUCUGAACAUGCUGAUUUUUGGAAUAAUACAGGCAACCAUUGCCAUAAUUUGAUGUCUCAAAGCCUGCAACUCAUAUUUCAUGACUAACUGUUCAACUACUACAAAUCAAAAAUAAUUAAAUAUUUGUAUGAAACAUUAGUUGGAGCUUUGUUUUUAUGCUACAUAUGCCAUGUUUGCCCAUGAUAACAAAAUCUUAACUUCAUAAAAUAAAGUUUGAAAUAUCUAUUUCCUGGUUUUGUGAUUCCAGCUAAUGGUAACACUGGUCAAGACAGAUCCCAAAAUGCAAACUGGCUUGAUAGACUGUGAGUUUUAUUUUUGUUGUUUGUUUACUGUGGUGGUCAGUGAACGUAUUCACAAGAGGUUGCCAAUGUAUAUUUGACAAAUGAACAUCAAUGUUAAUUAUGUACAGAAGGAAAACAAAACAUGAAUUAUCUUACACUAUAAAAGAACUAUUUGAAAUGGCCUUGUCAUAUAACAGAAAUAAAGAUUCAAACUUUUUACCUUGAA